CUGCAGUGUGCGCACGCACAUGAUCCAACAAACGAUCCGCGAAUUCGGCGGUACUGCCGCGCUGCGCCUCUUCAAGACAAGUGCCUGCCUGAGCUGCAGCCAUCUGUGUCCAGCUGCUGGUGCCUUGUACACGCGCGCGCUCCUGGCGUGCUCACCUCCCUUGGGAGGAGAUGAGGGGGGGGCGCUGGGGUCGAUGGGGUCGGGCUCCAACUUCGCCUCGCACAUCUCGCUGAAGAGCAACGGAGCCCUCUGCCACUGCUCGUCCUUCUUAGCGCUGUCGCUGAUGCCUCUGGAUCGCCUCGCGGCGACGUGGCCUGUCACUACCGAUCACUACUGCUGGCGGCCUGCAUCGCACUGCUGGCUUGUCUCGCACGCGCUGUUCUGUCAGCAACGAUCAUGCUGCGAUGGACGCGGACACCGCGCCGUUCAGACGCGCCCUCAGAUCGGGAUAGGACGGAACCGGCCGCCACAGUCAAGACAAUUGGCUUUCUCGCACGCGCUGCUCCCAGCGGUAGCCGAUGGUUGAGCUCCACUUCGCACUCCGUACUUCGCUCAGCAGCUCUAGGGCUGCGUGUGUAUAGCAUCCGAUCUACUCUCAAAUCACGUUCAACAGCUCCCAGAGGACAACGUACCUUUGUGAGCGCACCCCCAAAGUGCCUGGCUUCGGCCGCAUCACCUAGAACGCCACCUCCUGCGAAUGCCUCCUGUCUUCGCCGCGCCAGUCCGUGGAAUUCGAAUAUGCGCGUGGCCUCUCCCAUGUCUCAACAACAAUAACAACACACUCACCCUCUAACUGGUCUUGCUGGGCCCAAUGCUCAACAUCAUAUCAUCGAGCAAGGUCAAUGCCCUGUGCCACUGUCCACUUUUCUCGCAAACAGUAGUGACGGCAGUGUACAUGACGAUAUCCGUAUCCAGUCCUGCCUCUUUCACCUCGCCAAGCAACCACAAUGCCUGCUCCCACUGACCACCUUUCUCAGAAGCUUUGAUCCCAGCGUUGUAGCUGAUGGCGGUGGGCUCCAGCUUUGCCUUCCAUAUCUCUCUCAACAGCCACAGGGCCCGCUGCCACUGUUCGGCUUUUUCACACGCGCUGAUGCCAGCACUGUAGCUGUGACGUUGGGUUCCACCUUCGCCUCCCGCAUCUCGCUCAGUAGCCGCAAGGCCCUCUGCCACUGACCGACCUUCUCGCACGCGCUGAUCCCUGCGUUGUAGCUAUCCGGAUGGCGUUGGGCUCCAACUUCGCCUCCCGCAUCUCGACGAGCAGCGCCAGAGCCUGCUGCCACUGCCCGCCCUGACCGCACGCGCUGAUCCCGGCGCUGUAAAUGAAGAUAUCGGUCUCCAGCUUCGUCUUCCACAUCUCGCUGAACAAGGCCAAGGCCCUCUGCCACUGCCGGCCUUUCUCGCACGCGCUGAUCGCGGUGCUGAAACUGAUGACAUCGAGCUCCAACCUCGCCUCCUUCAUCUCGCAAAGCAACGCAAGACCCCGCUCCCAACAUUCGCCCUUCUCGCAAGCGCUGAUCGCAGCAUUGUAGGUAACGACAUUGGGAACCAGCUUCGCGCCUCGCAUCUCGCCGAGCAGCCACAGGGCCCUGCUCCACUGCUCGCCUGUCGCGCACGCGCUUACACAGGCGCUGUAGCUGAUGACGUCGAGCUCGGACUUCGCCCCUCGCAUCUCGCGGAGCAGCGCCAGGGCCUGCUGCCACUGCUCGCCUUUCUCGCACGCGCUGAUCCCAGCGCUGCAGCCGAUUGCGCCAGGAUCCAGCUUCGCCUUCCGCAUGUCGCUCAACAUGAACAAGGCCCGCUGCCACUGGUGGCCUCUCUCGCACGCGCUGAUCCCAGCGCUGAGAACGAUGACGUCGAGCUCUAACUUCGCCUCCCUCGUUUCGUCGAGCAGUGCAAGACUCCGCUGCCACUGCACGCCUUUCCCGCAUGUGCUGAUGGUAGCGCUGUAGCUGAAGACGUUGGGCUCUAAUUUCGCACCCCGCAUCUCGCUGAGUAGCGCUAGUGCCCGCUGCCACUGGUCGCCUUUCCUGCACGCGAUGAUCCCAGCGCUGUAACUGAUGACGUCGAGCUCCAACUUCGCACCGUGCAUCUCGCCGAGCAAAGACAGAGCCCUCGGCCAUUGGUCGCCUUUCUCGCACGCGCUCACCCCAGCGCUGUAGCUGAUGGCGUUCGGUUCCAACCUCGCCUCCCGCAUCUCGCCAAGUAGUACAAGAGCGCGCUGCCACUGCAGGCCCUUCGCGCACGCGCUGAUGCCAGCGCUGCAGCUGAAGACAUCAGGCGCUAGCCUCGUUUCCCGCAUCUCCCCGAGGAGUGCCAGAGCAUGCGGCCACUGCUUGCCCUUCUCGCACGCGCUGAUCCCAGCGUUGAAGCUGAUGAUGGUAUUGGCCUCCACCUUCGUUUCGAGACUUUCUCUCAGAAGCGCCAGCGCCUGUUGCCACUGCCUACCCUUCCCAAAUGCGCUGAUACUCGCAAUGUGCAUUCCGGGGCGUGACGCUUCGCGAACACCAGCGGUGCUGCGAUCCAUCCUGGCAUGCCCAUGCAGGUCCUCAGGGCCACCUCGAAGGAAGAAACCUACGGUCGAACUACUCGCAGGGUGCUCAGCAUCCCGAUCGGGUCAGGGAUGGCAACAUGAUACCCUGAACCAAACCCGCUUGAUCCAGGGAGGGAUGGGAG